AUGGCUUUAGGAGCUAAACUACCUGUCUCUUCAUCCGUCCAGAACGUGAGUAUGGGGUCUGGGGGCGCUCACGACUCUGGUCUGGACCUGCACCUGCUCAGUUCCCCAGAGAGAGCACCCCCCACAGGUGCAACAGGGAACGGUCUCAACAUCCCACAGAUGAAGGAGCACCGCCGUCACCACACGCAGAGAAAUCACAGUGAGGAGGAAACUGGAACUCAUCGUUGUUCUUCUAGUUUUGGUCCAGCAGAGGGCGCUCACACACAGAGGGACCGGCUUCGAUCAGAGACUGAAAAACUCCAAAGGAUUCUCAAAAACACAGACGUGUCACCUGUACAUGUGUUUCUGUUUUGUAGACAUGUUCUGGGCGUGUGUGAGGAGGUGUGGUGUGUGGAGCAGACUCUGAUGAAGCGCAGAGCAGAGCUCCGUCAGGCUCAGAGACUGCUGCAGGAGGCCCACAGCUCUACAGCACAGGCCCGAUGUGAAGCUGAAGAGUGGCAGUGCCGAGCAAAAGACAGUGCCGCCUGUCUGCAGCAGACACAACUACAACUCAAGGACCUUCAGGACGAGAUGAGGACUCUGAGGAAGUCCAGACGAGCCAAAAUCCUAAGUCCAGACAUAGACCAGGUCCGGUCUUCCGACCCUCUGGUUUCACUCAGGAACCAAGAGGAGCAAAUGCAGCAGAGAAUACAGGAGCUGAGGGACCAAGAGACCAGACUCAAGACCAGUCUACAGUUGUUGGUGCAAGAGCAGGAGACACUGUUGUCUCAGAGGAGCUCUUUGGUCUCAACCACAACAGAAGAGGAAAAAGGACUGGAGCAACUUCGGUCUGAGCUGGACUCAAUCCGAACUGAGCUGAAGCAGGUUCUGGACAAGGUGCUCUCAGAACGACAAGAACUGGUCAAUUUGAAAACACUACAGUCCAGAGAGUUCAAGAACCUUCAGAAAACCCAAGUCCAGCUAGACCAGACCCAGACCCAACUGGAUCAGACCCAGGACCUGCUUGACCGCACUACAGAUCUGGCAGGCCAGGUCAAGAUCGAGCUGAACCAGGCCGAAGACCAGCUGGAUCGAACCAAGUCAGAACUUCUCAUGAAACAGGAAGAAGUGAGACAGAAGGAGGAGGAAGUGAUGGAGAAGCAGCGGGAACUGGACCAAUCACAGGCUGCGGUGGACAGGAAGCAGUUGGAGCUUACGGAGCUGCAACAGGAAGUGGAGAUGCGGAGGAUGGAGGCAGAGUCAUGUCUUAAAGAGACAGAACGGCAGACGAGAGAGCUACAGGAGGUGAAGGAGGAGGUGGAGCAGAGAAAAGAGCAGAGUGGCAGUCUGCAGCGGCAGUGUCGCCACCUGGAGGACAGACUCAGACAUGCACACAGGUGUCUGUCUGCAGUGGAGGCAGAGCUUCAGAAACUCAAAGAGGAGCAGAGCCAAUCAGUGCUCACUCAACAGGAAGUGAUGCAGGAGACAGCUGCCAAUCAGGAGAAGCUUAAUGAGAGCUCUGAGCUGCUGAGUUUCCUCGGGGAGAAAGUGGAGGAGAGGAAAGUCCAACUCCGAACUGUGGAACAGGAGCUGUUAGCGCUCAGAGAGAAGCAUAGAGAGCAGCACAAUGAGCUGCAGGAGCUGGAGCUCAGAGCACAGGCUUCAGCUGCAGUGACAGAGAGCGAGGACAGGGGGCGCCAUGUGACCCAGGAUCACCUGCACAAACUCGAUGAUGAGCUGUGGGAGCGAGAGAGAAACCUGCUGCAGAGAGAGGCGGAGAUUAGACACAAGGAAGAGGAGCUUCACCAGAAAGAGCUUACACUGGGAGAGAUGGACCUACUGCCAAAAGAGGAGGAGCUGCCAAGUGCAUUGGUCAAUUCGGAUGAAGAAUCCAGCGAAGAGUUCUACCUGUCCACAGCCGGUCUCAGAUCAGCCUCCAGCCCAGAGGAGGAGAGGUGGAGAAUGGAGCUGGAAACAGACAAACUUGAGCUCAAACAAGACUCACUGAAAGCCAGACUUCGCUGCUCCUUACAAACCCAGGACCAGAGCCUUCAGGAGAGAGGUCUGGAGACGGAGCAGAGCCUGAGGGGACUGAGGCACAGGGUGGACAGUCUGGAUUCUCUGCUGCUCAGGGCUAAAAUACACAAAUAACACUCACUAUGUAACGGUUUUAUAUAGAACCAGGGAGCACCGUGGCAUAGUUCCUCCAUAGUGAAAAGGUUCCCAAUUCAGUCCUCAGCUUAUUCUACACUGUUUGUAUGUUCUCCCCUUGUCAUGAUUCAUACAAAGCGCUCGGUGAAGUGUCUUGCCCAUGGACAGCAGUAAUUGGGUUGGAUGUGAACUAUUAAAUUUGAGGUUAGUUGACUAGUGUACAAUGGAAGAACCAAUGUUGUAUUGUCAGAUGCAGAAAAGCUAUGUCUUUAUGGGGAUAAUAGUGAACAUUACAUAAAAGAAACACUGCAGUAUUGCUUUAAUAAUUCAAAUAUUUAUUAUGUUUUUCAUACAAAGCAAAAACAGGAUAAAACAAAAAAUAACAAAAAGAGCAUAGCCGAACUUUCCAUAUGUUUACUGUAAGAGUGUUAAGCCUUCUUCUGAAAUAAACCAUGCACAUGUCACCAGUCCCCACACCCUGAGGGACUUCAGAAGGUCAGGACUGCAGUGUUCGCAUCUAUAAAACUGUUCAUUGUCAUUAACAUUUUAUUAUAUUUUUAUGUAUUCAUGAUCUGUUACGGCUUCUAAAAGUAUAUUCUAGCAGAUUAAAGAGUUACAACAUUCUAAAUAAGCACAAUUUGAAAACUGAAGUAAGGCAUAGUCAGAAUUCUCUGGUAGAAGUUGCCUUUAAACUGUAUGUGUUGUGUCCUGGUUUAUGGUUAAUACCUCUUUGAUUACUGGGUCAAAGAACCUGGUAAAACUGCAAAAAUAUCAAAUUUUGAUGUGAGCACAAAUGACUAAAAGAAUUUAGUCACUACAGCUUCUAAAGCAUGGGUGUCAAACUCAUUUUGGUCCAGGGGCCGUAUCCAAUCUACUUUGAUCCCAAAGGGGCUGGAAAGGAAAAAAAAUGGCAUAUAUACCCCAAAAAUAGCAAUAAGUUCAAAUAUUUGUGUAGAGAAACACAAAUCUAUUACAGAAAUCUUUUUAAUUGAUUAACUCUUUCUUUUACAAAAUAUUAUAAUAUUAUGAACAACCUGAAAUUUUAAGAAAAAAACAUCGUGUUGAAAUUGCAUUUAACAUUAACUUGUAUGCAAAUUGGAAUAAGUCCGUUUUUCUUGGAAAAUCCUGCACUCGGCUCCACUUUUCUCGUUUUUGACAUUUUUCUGAUGAGGGUGUCACGGUCAACAGUCAAAACGAUCGUCCUUUAAGAGGGUUUGGAAAGAGGCAAGUCUUCAUUUGUGCUGCUCUGGAGGGAGGGGCCACGUACAGAGACGCUGGAGACGCUGCUCUGCUAAGCACCGCAGAAAAUUAACAAUAUUUUAAUAGAAAAUAUAAUUAAAAUAUUUCAGUAGAAAAUCAACCAAGGGCCAGAUUAAAGGUCUUGGAGGGCCAGAUCUGGCCCCCGGGCCGUAUGUUUGACACCCCUGUUUUAAAGUAAAGAGAUUAUUCACUCACAGUGUGAUUGGACAGAAGGGCUGUUUUGGAAUAUUGGAAUACUGAAAUGAAUCUGUUAUAUGAACUAUCACAAUUAUUAAGUAAAUAUACUACGUAAUAGACUACAACUCUUUAACUAAUGCAUUUGAUUUUUUCCUCAAUUUGUGCAGCCUUCUCAGAGCCUCUCUCACUGUUCUCUGAAAGAACGUUAUCAUGAGACAAUCACUGUUACUGUAUUGCACUUUUGUGGAAAGGAAAAAUUUUAUAUUUUUACAACUUUUUAAUAAAACAGUAUCUUUUCACCUAG